GAAGAGGCCCCAGCGACAAAGUUCCGAUACCCGACUCGAGUCAGGGAACCUCGAUCGCGAAAGUAACUGAGGCUAAACCAUAUUUCGCGCACUCUAACGCAUAGAAUGGUGUCCGAUGCCUCAAGAAAGACGUUUCUUUGGCCGAUUCCAUCGCACAGGCUGGCGCUGGUCCAACAUAACUAUCAGAUACGUAGAUUGCUUCAAUCUCAGCACUUAUGUACCUGACAGGAGGCCCGUAGGCGUGUAAGCUGCGAGCGCGUGCACCUGUCCUUAUUAGUGCCGUGCUGGCUGCCCCACAACGUGAGACCUAUGAGGCUGAGACUCUGUUAUUAUUAUAUUUGCAAAACGUGUAAGGCUGAACGGUUUCGCCGCAAGGGCGAACUUGAACUUACUUCGCGACGCCCAACCGUCCGACGUCCGAUGCACAGCCCCGACCCCCCAGCACCGGCACCCAGAUCACACAUUUUACUUAUAGUGGAGUCUGUAUCUCACGGUGGGGGACGGUAAUAAUAAUAAUAAUAAUACCUACGCACGGACCAAGGUCCCGCGUGCCUUAAGGAAGAGUCCCAUCGAGGCUAACCCUACCGUAUCUCUGUGGGACCUUGGCAAGAGGCACCCCACGCAUCCACCUUCACUCAGUCCAUAGGAACCGAAGUUCUGGACCUAUCGGCCUACCAACUCUCCGAAUUCGGCCAUCGUGAAGUUUCCACGUUGCAACAAUGGGAUCCGAACCCAGAGAGUCGCUACAACGCUUCCGUCAGUACCGCGGACUCCAUACCGGAAUACUGACUCGGACGGUAUGUAUGACGGGUUUUGGUGCUGGGGGGGGGGGUUGGUUCGGCAGGGUGCGGGGCCGAGACUCCAAUUCCCCGAUGAGGUGCUGGGCCCCGACCCCGACCCCGACCCGGACCCCGACCCCGACCCCGACUCCUCUCGUGCUCGGCAUUUUAACACUGUACAUUGCGUCCCCUGUCACUUGACUCCCUUAGGGGCACGCUCCAUGGAUCGCAUGGCGGUCCGCUAGUGCAGGCCUGCGGUGGCACCAAGUUGACAACCACUUCACCCCAGCGAGCUCCAGCUUGUGCCAACCAUACAACGGCAGUUGCUAUAUGUAUACAAUUGAUAGCCAGGCCAAACGGCUGCGUGGCUGGACUGCUGCACUCACUCACGUGGCCCCUGGUAGCAGGGUGGCUAAAGGGGGGUUUAAGGGGUUUUGCAGGGUUUGAAAAGUUUGACAUGUCAGAAAUCAUUUGCACAGUAUAAGUCAGCUAAUAGUAACUAGAAUGAUUGUUUGAACCCCUUGUGGGUGACCGUGAUGAGAUUUGGGCACAUAGCAAUGACUUUGCAUGUCCCACUGCUUCCUCACCGUCUCCCUGGAUACGGCAUGUGACUUUCAUGGCCCUGGAUACUUGCACCACUGAGGCUUCUCAUUCGCCCAAGUUAUAAUGAAUACUGCAUUGUGCUAUGGUGCAGGCUGACAGAUUGCACAUGCACGCUGUGCAUGCACAUGCUGCUCAUUCCCCUUGUCCCCACACUGGGGGCUGAGCUGCCCAACCCAGAAUCCAACAUGCCUGCCUCGCUCAACCCUGUGCAGAACCGUUUCACAUGCAUAUAUGCACAUGUUGCCUGACCUGUUAGCAACACAAGCUAAGCGCCAUGGUGCUAGCCCCUGCAGUGCCCAAUGCAACUCUGCACAUCAGGGCAAGUGUGCCCGGCUUGCCUCUUCUCUCAUGGGUGAGGGUCAGGUAUCAUGCAGGCUGUCAAGUAAUGUGCAGCCAUGCUGACGGCAUUCAGUCUGCACCAUAUGUGAGUGAUGGGCUUUGGGAGUGCAAGCGGAAUCAGCCAUAACAGGUUGGUGUGUCAAGACCGGCGUGCCUCCUAUCUGCCUAGUUAGCGUGCCCCGGCCCCCGCAGGGGGCGCGGCGCACCUAUACGUUUCAGAAAGGGGGGGGCCCCUGUCAAGUUGGUAAACACACGUUCCCGGCCCCCGCCGACUGCGCGCAGCCAUUAUUUAAGCCAUCCAUUACCCGAAGCUAUUGUACACAAGGUAGAAGAGGCCCCAGCGACAAAGUUCCGAUACCCGACUCGAGUCAGGGAACCUCGAUCGCGAAAGUAACUGAGGCUAAACCAUAUUUCGCGCACUCUAACGCAUAGAAUGGUGUCCGAUGCCUCAAGAAAGACGUUUCUUUGGCCGAUUCCAUCGCACAGGCUGGCGCUGGUCCAACAUAACUAUCAGAUACGUAGAUUGCUUCAAUCUCAGCACUUAUGUACCUGACAGGAGGCCCGUAGGCGUGUAAGCUGCGAGCGCGUGCACCUGUCCUUAUUAGUGCCGUGCUGGCUGCCCCACAACGUGAGACCUAUGAGGCUGAGACUCUGUUAUUAUUAUAUUUGCAAAACGUGUAAGGCUGAACGGUU